AUGUUUUGACAGUUGCCAACCACUUCUUCUUGGUGACGUAAUUUGUGUUAUUCCAUAGUUCCAUACAAUUGUUUUAAUCAUAUAUAUAUUUUAUUCAAUAAAUAAUAUAGAAUUAUUUAAUAGAAAAAAUGUCGAAUACUAAGCAAAAUUCAAAGAAAUUAAAAUGGGCCCUGGAUUUUGGAAGCAAAAGUAAACAAUAUAAUGAAUUGGCAUCACCACCAGGUUUAAUUCCUGGAUAUGCUUUAACUUCAGAAAAUAUGAGCACGUCAGAGGAAAAUGACUCGAAUCAUUUAAUAAUUAAAAAGUCAUGGGAUCUUGCAUUGGGACCUUUAAAACAAGUUCCAAUGAAUUUAUUUAUUAUGUAUAUGGCAGGAAAUUCAAUUUCCAUUUUUCCAAUAAUGAUGGUUGGAAUGUUAAUUAUUCGACCUGUUAAAGCACUUUUUUCUUUACAACAAACUUUUAAAGUAAUCGAAGGAACACAUGCAAUUGGACAAAAAUUUGUCUUCUUUCUAGGGCAAAUUGUUAAUAUUGCAUUAGCUUUAUAUAAAUGUCAAUCAAUGGGUUUAUUACCAACACACGCAUCCGACUGGUUAGCAUUUGUUGAACCUCAAGCUCGAAUCGAAUAUUCCGGUGGAGGUCUAAUUUAUGUAUAAAUUAUAAUUUUCUAGAUGUAAGAAAUUCUCAUUUUGAUUACCAAAAAAAAAAAAAUAAAAAGAUGAAAAUAAAUAAUUUAUUGAUAAGAUAAAAAAAA